AUGGUUGUUUUAAAUCCUAACAAUUGGCACUGGGUUGAUAAGAAUACUUUACCAUGGAGUGAAACAUACUUUAAUUCUAAAUUACCAAAUUUCAGGAAAGUUAGUGAUGAUAACAAGUAUGAGAUGAAAAUUACUAAAAUUACAAAGAUCAGUGGUGAUUCGAAUGUUUCCCAAAGAAAGGGUAAACCAAUUUGUUAUUUUGAUAUAAAUAUGGGAUUAGAAAUCACUGUUAUUGAAUUGGCAAAGGUUGAAGCAGAAACAGAAGCAGAAGCGGAAGCAGAAGCAGAAGCGGAAGAAGAAGAGGGGAAAGAUGAGGAGAAUGUCACUGGGGAUGUUGAAAUUCCAGAAUUUAUGCAUGAUGAAGAUGAUUUUGAAAUUCUAUGUAGAUGCAGUGGUAAUCAAGAAAUUGAAAGAUUAUUAAAGACAGAAUUUGUUCCUGAGAUCAGACAACUUUUAUUAUGUUAUCAAAAUGACUUGAUUGAGGAGCAUUCCAAGGAUCUGCAACACGAAUAA